AUGGCCGAUUCGGACACCUACCUGCGCCAGCCCUGGCGCAUGGUGCAUGGCAUCCCCAUGGUCAGUGCCUUUGCCCGUGACUGGGAGCGGAUCGACACCUUCCAGAGCCGCCCCGAGGACAUCGUGGUGGUCACCUUCCCCAAAUCUGGUGAGCGUCCCCAGACACCAGAAAGGGGCCAUGAUUGGGAAGGGAGGCACCAGCCUGCAGCCCCUUACCUGGAGUUGUUCAUGGCUGGCAGAGUGGCAUAUGGGUCCUGGUAUGACCACGUCAAGGACUACUGGGAGCGGAGAAAGGAUCACCCCAUCCUCUACCUCUUCUAUGAGGACUUGAAGGAGGACCUCCGCCGGGAGAUUGCCAAGGUGGCCCAGUUCCUGGGGCGGGAGCUGCCAGAGGCGGCGCUGGAUGCCAUCACCCAACACACCUCCUUCGAGACCAUGCGGGACAACCCCACCACCAACUACAGCAUGGUGCCCUCCCACCUCAUGGACCAGGGCAUCUCCCCCUUCAUGCGCAAAGGCACCACCGGAGACUGGAAGAACCACUUCACCGUGGCCCAGAAUGAGCACUUUGACCAAGACUAUGCCCAGAAAAUGCUGGGCACCGACCUGCAUUUCCACGGGACCUCUGUCCCCAGCGGUUGGUGCAGUGACAGGGCCACGGUGAUCUCCGGUCCCUGCACCGGCAGCAUCACUGCCGCUCCCCAGGCAGGCACGGUGCUGGCGGGGGGAUGA